AUGGUAUCUAUCAACUACGGAUUCCCAAAGGGGAAAUAUUUUGCGGUUAUAGCAGAAAGCAAAUACAAUCAAGGUUUGAUCAUUACUGCUCAAGAUUCCCAGUUCUAUGGCUUACUUUCUUAUACAACAUCUCUAGAUUUUCGAUCUUUGGCCAAAGCAGCUGCUAAGCGAGCAGGGUUUGCGGGAAUUAUAGUUAUGGGAAGAAAUGUAGCAUCGACCAUGAUUUGCCCUGAUAACAACAUCGAGAGCGACCAUGUCUAUUUGGAGCUUCAUUUAAAGAAGAAUAGCUUGGACAUUGCCAUUAUGUUGAAAGAUGAAGAUGGCAUUUUUGAAACAUUGGCAAAUCAACGACUCAACUAUACGGCAAGCGGAUUGGGCAUCCUCUCAAUGUUGUCAUCUACAUUAGAUGAACUAGCACGAAAUGCAGAAAUCCCUGAUAACACUAUCGUCCAUCAAGUGAUUAUAACAUCAGCCAAUCCUUUGACUGUAUCACACCAUCAGGCUGUUCAACACCUACAAGCGUUCCUGAAAAGCCACCUCAAGAGCAGCAAUUUGGUUUUCUGUGAAGGUCAUGCUACUGACGAUGACAACACGAUACCAUAUGAAUACAGAAUUGCUUUUGGCGCAGCAAAAUACAGCAGCUUGAUAGCACGAGAACAACUGGAGGGUGGCCAUUUUAUUUGCUGCGUUGAGCUAUCUCCUGUACAUUAUGGCAUCGCGGUAGCGGGAGGGAUGAUGCAUCCCAUUAUAAGACGACACAGCAUUGAAGAUGGGCCAAAAUCAGCCGUUUUUACCACCAUCUUACCGCAGAAGCAACAAAAAUCAAUUGAAAUAGCAGUGUAUAGGGGAAUGCGGUUACAAACGGCUUUUAAUGCACAUGUAGGUUCGCUGCAUGUUCAAAAUGAUGGAUCUCUGUCCCUACUCAACAUCACUAUUCAAGUCAACCAUCAUAGUGAUGAAUUAAUUCUAACUGUUCAAGACCUGACAACAGAGUCAAUCGCAUCUUUAACAUUUGUCAAUGAUAAGCAAACAAUAGCAGCAGAAGUGGAACAAUUUGAGAAAACUUGGGGCCCUGAGCAAUUUGAUUUGAGCAGAACUUUAGAUCAACAAUUGAAGGACAAUGUGGAUUUGGUGGUAUCCAUGUACGCAGUGACAGCAAACGACACCCUACAAGAAACCCUAUUCAAGAAGCUGAGAUACAUGUUCUUGGCAAGAUGGAAGAGAGAGCAGAUAACUGAUCUCUUGAGCCGAUCCGACAGCAGACUUAUCCCCAACAACCGAGAAAAAGGCACAUUCCUUGCCAUUGAUUUAAAUUGA